CGCUCUGGCGCGGAAUGGGAAUUGAAACGCUCGAUGGAGGACCCCGUACAGGGGAGCGCAAGUGGGACGAAACGGUUGUGUCGUUUUCCGUGUCUUCGGGUUCUUGAUGCGACGGUUGCGCCUGGUUGUCUUUCUCGUUGGCGAAUGGGGGAGCUUUGAUUACGGAGUGGUGGACAGGUCUUGUUAUUCUCCUUAUUAUUCCUCGACGGCGGAUGAAUGCAGAUGCAGAAGUCCUAGUCGAAGAUGUGAUCAUACGACAAGAAUGUUCAUGGGAUCCAAGGGGAGGGAGUGUAUCAUUUAACGGCAAAAGAUGGACUCGCUUUUUGUCCGCGGUCUCGGGGAAAUCAGUCUGGGACCGAAGGAAAUAUCGGAGAAGAGCAACUUCAAACAGCCCCAUGCUCGGAUUUGACAACACGCCCUUCAGGAUCGAUGCAAUUCCUGAUCCCCAUAUCCUGCAUGGGGAGGGGCGGGAGGAAGGGAUGCAACAGUGGCCAGGAUCUGCGCAAACGCGGUCGGGCUUAACAAGCGGCGAUCUACUCUCGAACCGGCAAUCGUUGUUUCUUCUUUCUAACUGGACAACUACUGAUAAGGAAUUAGCAGACUUUGACACGUCUCUUCCGCGUGGUUCGGUUCAAGCGUGUUCAGUUGGCGCAAGUGACGAGAUUUGCGUUGUUGCCGUUGACUAGUCCCGGGUUUAACCAGUGAUGGGGAUGGGAUCCUGGUGUGCUGUAUCCGUAAGUCAACCCUCUUCCGCGACGAUGGACGUGCGGAAUCGGAUCACGGGGCCGGAUCUCGGAAGCUGGCGUGGUACAACCUUGUCCUUUUCUUCCCGACUAAGGCGGUCUCGCAG